CGUGUGCGAUCGAGAGAUGAGGUGAGGACAGUGGACGCGCACGUCGGCGUCAGUGUGUGUGUGUUUCGCUUCAGCUGCUGUCUGAGGUUUUUUUGUGGAUAAAGAGGGCGUUGCGCGAUCGUCGCUCGCUCGAGUGUGUGCGGAGAGUGCGUGCGAGCGAGGCGUCAGCGCGGGAUUCACGGAAUCUGACACACAUUAGUGUGUGUGUGGUGUGUGCGUGUGCGUGUGUGAGAGAGAGAUGGUGAUGGAGAAGCCGAGCCCCCUGCUCGUAGGACGCGAGUUUGUGCGGCAGUACUACACACUCCUGAAUAAAGCACCGGAUUACCUGCACAGGUUUUAUGGCAGGAACUCCUCGUAUGUUCACGGUGGGCUGGACGGCAGUGGGAAACCAGAGGAGGCCGUGUUCGGUCAGGCGGAGAUCCAUAAGAAGGUGAUGUCACUGCAGUUCAGCGAGUGCCACACUAAGAUCCGUCAUGUUGAUGCUCACGCCACCCUGGGGGACGGAGUGGUGGUACAGGUGAUGGGAGAGCUGUCCAACAGUGGAAGACCCAUGAGGAGGUUCAUGCAGACCUUCGUCCUCGCUCCUGAGGGCUCUGCUGUCAACAAGUUCUACGUGCACAAUGACAUCUUCCGCUACGAAGAGGAGGUGUUCGGAGACUCUGAGGCUGAGCUGGGAGAGUCUGAAGAAGAGGAGAUGGAGGAGGAGGAGGAAGAAGAAGAGGAGCUGGUGGAGACUCGUGCUUCUCCUGAACCAGUACUGGACCGUCCCAGCAGCCCCUCCUACUAUGAGGCGCCCACCCAUGUCAGUAAUGGAGUGGAGGAGCAGCAGGAGGAGGCGGAGCCUGAGGAAGAGCCCGAGUCCCAGCUGGAGCCACUGGCCAUUCAGGACGCGGAGGCGGAGCUUAUCCCAGAGGUGGAGCUACAUUCGUCAGAGGCGGAGCCUGAAGAGAAAUUGCUGGAGGAGACAGGCUCCACCCCUGUGCCCGCUCUGACUCCGCCCCCUCUCACCCCAGAGCCGCCCAAGGCGUUCUCAUGGGCUCUGGUGACCAGUAAGAAUCUCCCGCCGGCCGGCGCUGCGAUCUCUCAUGUGCUGAAAGCCAGUGUUCAGCCGCGAGUGGAGUUCAAACAUGACAGUCAGAGAGAGCCCAGAGACCAGCGGAGAGAGAGAGGCUUCCCUCCACGCGGACCCAGAGCAGAUGGCAGCGGUUCCGAGGGUGGGAAACAGUACAUCAGUUUUAGGGGUCGCGGUGACUCUGACGGUGACUCUGAGGGCCGCAGGUCUUUUCGUUAUCCAGACAGUCAUCAGCUGUUUGUUGGAAAUCUUCCUCAUGACAUUGAUGAGGUUGAACUGAAGGAGUUCUUCAUGACGUUCGGGAACGUGAUGGAGAUGCGGAUCAACACCAAAGCCGUCGGAGGGAAACUGCCCAACUUCGGGUUCGUGGUGUUCGACGACUCUGAGCCGGUGCAGAGGAUUCUGGGAGCAAAGCCCGUCAUGUUCCGCGGGGAAGUGCGUCUGAACGUGGAGGAGAAGAAGACCCGAGCGGUGCGCGAGCGAGAGAUCCGCGGAGCGCCUGACGGGCGACGGCCCCGCGGCAUCAUGGGUAACGGGCGCGGCACGGCGAGAGGAGCGAUGGCUCGAGGAGAUAGCCGAUACACACCGCGCCGCUGAGACACACGCAUCACACACACUCUUUACUCUCGCUUUCCUGUGUUUCUCAGCGUCUCUCUCUGGGACGGGCUAAGACUCUGAACUCACUCAUCUGCGCUUUACUUUCAAUUAUUCUCACGGUUUUGCAAAGAUAAAGAAGAACGGGAUUUUUUUCCUAUCGAGUCACGAAGUUGUUUUGUCCUCAUGGAACUGAAUUCUGCACAUUUUUCUAACGGAUGAACAUCAGCGCUUCAUCAUAAAUCAGUGCUCAGUGUACAAUUAUUUAUUUUCCUAGUGAAUGAAACAGGUGUGGUGCCUUAUAUCUGGACUCCGCGUGUCCGGAGUGAUCCCGGGCCGGUCCUCGUGUUUCUUGUUUUCUCAGUGUCUUUGCAUGGCUGAUGUGGGACGACUCACACAACACUGUCUGCCUGCAUUCGGUUCUGGGUUCAGAUUGGACUUCAGCAGGGUUUUGUUUGAAUGUGUUUUCAACUUUCAAUAAACUACUGAAAUCUGCAGCAA